CGAGGAACAUUUUAGGCACACUGUGAGACGGGAAAGCCGAGUUAAAUUGUAUUUGCAAAUAUAAACCCAGCAAACCAUCAGCCAUAUGUGUUUGUAAUCCCGACGGUUAUCCAUGUAUAUUAUAUUAUUUAUAUCAAGUUCCUAUAAUGAGCAGUGCAUUUGAGAACCAAACCGCCGAAUCCACCCGGACACAUUUAAAUGGGGCGCCGAGACGCUGUUGCCGUGACAACUUUUUGUCAUAUUUAUUGAACCUAUUUUACUACGCUUCUGAUUUUAGUGUACAGCUUGUUUUCAUAAGGAAUACACAAUGGCUAACUGUACACCAUUCGAGUGUCUCGUGAAAUACGAAAGUCCAGUUUUGGUCGAAAGAUCAAACAGAAAAUCAACAACGCCAAAAUCCGAUGACCUCAGGCAGGAACCUAAAGAGAUCCUCAACCGCAUCCUUCCACCCAGGGAAUGGAUGGAGGGAGAUCAGCUGUGGGAGCAGCAGGUGUCUGUCGCACCGAGUACCAGAGAAGACGUUAGUGGGCUGGAGGAACUGCUGGACAUGAAGCUGCAGCAGUGGCAGGCCAGAGGAACAGGAAUUUGUCCCCUCCGCAGGAAGCUCUUUUCCCAGUGCUUUGAUGAGCUGAUCAGACAGGUGACCGUCGAAUGCACUGAGAUGGGUCUGCUGCUCCUGAGGGUCAGAGAUGAGAUUCAAAUGACUCUGGCUGCGUACCGGGCCCUGAGUGACAGCAGCAUGGCUUUCGGAAUGAGGAAAGCACUGCAGGCGGAGCUGGAGAAGACUAUUUACGACCUGGGGCCAGAAGAACGUGAAGACUUGAGGAAGCAACUGAACCAGCUGACAGCUUACAAGAAACAUUUAGAAAAGAGAGAAAACGAAAGGCGACAAGUGGAGGAGAAGAUUCACACACAAGAGAUUCAGUUCCUGAAGAGAAUCAACCAGCAGCUUAAGGACCAAUUGUCAGUGAUCAUUGAAACAAAGAAGUAACUUUGCCUCCAUUUCCCAGAAAGCAACGCGCUUUCCUGUGAAUUCUUAAUUGGUUUCAGUUGUAAUAGAUUUCUUAAUACUAAAAGAUAAAAUGUUUGGGAAGCAGCCUAGGACUUGUGUCACAAUGUCUACAAAGCUCCAUUAGAUAAUCAGUCCAACAUCAUAUUUUACAACUGUUUAUUUAGGCUGAGGCGAUCGCUGAACCUCAUCUGGAACGCCGGUAUUUAUUUAAUUUGGCGAAAAAAUGCCAUGAAGUAAAUAUUUGGAUGUGGUGACUUUAGAGGCUGCGUUGUGGUCGCUUAUUAAGUUGUGGUUUUCUUUUUAAAUCUAUGGAAGUUCGUUAACUCUUGUAAUCUACAAAAAUGUUUAAUACAUGAUUCAAAUCUU